AUGAUCCUGAUAAACCAACAAAUUGACGGAUUCAGUAUCUCGGCGGAGGUUUAUGUGCUCCCUGCAUCUCGUGUCAGUUACGCCGCUGGUGUAAAGAUCAAAGGGUACAUCGAUGCGACCAAAAGUCCCACCGCUACUAUCGUGUUCCAAGGAACCGUGUUUGGAAACCCAACCGCUCCAGCUGUUGCCUCUUUCUCUUUGAGAGGCCCGAGCUUGGCUAGCCUAGGAAUCCUAAAGACGGACAUCAUCGGUCCCGGCGUGGACGUGUUGGCAGCAUGGCCAUUUCCCAUCAGAAAUGGCACCAAAAUGAAGAAUUACUUCAAAGUCCUUUCCGGAACUUCCAUGUCCUGCCCUCACCUCAGCGGCAUCGUGGCUUUAAUAAAGGGCGCUCAUCCGGACUGGUCUCCAGCAGCGAUCAAAUCCGCUAUCAUGACUUCGGCUAAGCAGCUGAACAUCAACCGAGAACUGAUCCUGGACGAGAGGCUUCAACCUACGGAUGUCUUUGCCAUCGGAGCAGGCCAUGUUGACCCUGCGAAGGCCAUUGACCCUGGAUUCGUAUACGACAUUCAGCCCGACGAUUACAUUCCUUAUCUCUGUGGUCUGGGGUACACCGACGAGCAGGUGUCGAGAAUUGCUCACAAACCAGUCAAAUGCUCGGGAGAAUCUAGCAUUCCCGAGGGAGAGCUGAACUACCCCUCAUUUUCGGUCAUCCUCGAACCUCCACAGACAUUCACCAGGACCGUGACCCAUGUUGGCACUGACUAUUUGCCUUACAUCGUCACGGUUGUCCCGCACAGGGCGUGUAUGUCAAUGUGA